CCAGCAAGCAUGAGCGGCAGAGGAAAGGGAGGAAAAGGACUCGGCAAAGGAGGCGCUAAGCGUCACCGUAAAGUCCUCCGUGAUAACAUCCAGGGAAUCACCAAGCCCGCCAUCCGCCGUCUGGCUCGCCGUGGUGGAGUGAAGCGCAUCUCCGGUCUGAUCUACGAGGAGACCCGCGGUGUGCUGAAGGUCUUCUUGGAGAACGUGAUCCGUGAUGCCGUCACCUACACCGAGCAUGCCAAGAGGAAGACUGUGACCGCCAUGGAUGUGGUCUAUGCCCUGAAGAGACAGGGACGCACCCUGUACGGCUUCGGAGGAUAAACACUGACUUCUGUUAUCGACAUUAAAACGGUCCUUUUAAGGGCCACACACACACUCUGAAGGGCUGCCUUCCUUAAGGCUGCAAACUGUUAAUUUUAAUGAAAUUCUACCUAAACUGUUAAUUUUAAUGAAAUUCUACCUAAAAGUGUAUUUUUUUUACUUUUGGAGCUUCAAAGUCUAUGACUAUUGAUGAUCAACUAUGUAUACUGUAUCUAUUUCCCUUUAUUAAUCAUAGAUGAGAACCCUUAGACUGUCAACAUACGUUAUUUAAUGAAUUGUUGAGACUUUUGCAUUCUGUGCAUGUAUGUACUUAAGCUAUAUAUAUAUAUGCUUAACACCAUUAUUUUUUUUACCACAUAAAAAUGCCAUUUAUUAUCCAACAAUAUCUCAUGUCUCACAUGAACUGUCCUGGAGUGGCAUUUGUGAUUUGUCAUGUAACAAAUCGUUAAAUAGCUACAACCAAGGUCAUCUACACACUGCAUCACACAACUUUUACAAAUACAGGAUAGUGAUGACGAGGGUCCCUUUAAGAUGUAUUUUUGCUACUUUGUUGUGAUCCUAUACAUGUCUAAGUAAUUUUAUUGUAUGUACUUGUAUCAUCACACCGUAUCUAUGGAAACAAAAUGUAUGUAGGCGGAUAAAGUUGAA